AUGGUUCGGGAGCGGAACUUCCCUAACGAUCUGAGGAGAGGUUUAGGUACUGUUUCCAAUUUCCCUCGUUGGUACAUUACAGAGGGACUGCUACUUCCGAAUCCGGGAAGUCCUUCUCGAAAGAGUCAUCUAAGGCUUUUCGACUUCAACUUGCCUUUAAGCCGGCCAGGCCAGUCUGCUUCUUCGAGUGAGGACUUGCUCGGCCCAGCUCGGUUCUCUCACUACCCGAAAUCCUUAUCUUAUCUAAUCUGGAUCCGGGCAUUUACCUUAAGAUCCAGCGCCUGCAGAAGUAAAGUGAUAGGAGAAGCUGCUGGUGGGAAAUAUCUAUUCAUCACACCCCUCUCACCCGAGCCUCCUGGAAAUAACCUUGGUCUCCAAUCUGCAGAUGAGUGUCUUCCCUCUUAUCCCUUCCCCAUUGUUUGGGUUUAA